UCUGCCUUAAAUGGGUCGCCGCACGGCCCUCGGCAGCGUUGCCAUGGCCGGGCUGCGCGGCGUCUUCUUAUUGCUGGUGCACGCUGUGGUGUUAUUGAUACUGCUCAAGAAUCAGGUCACCAUGGUGACAGGGAAGACCUCAUGUAACCCAGGCGAAUAUGAGGUUGGAGAAAAUCUUUCCUGUAGCAGAGUCUGCCCAGCUGGCUACUACGUAAGCACACGCAUAGACCAGAACCACCACAUUGGAGCCUGCUCGCCUUGCCCGUCUGGAACUUUCAGAGCUCAUCCCAGUGAAGAGCCUCGAUGCGUGCCGUGUGCCCAGUGCCGAGAGGAUCAGGAAGUGGUGAAGCGCUGCUCCACGACCAGCGACCAGGAGUGCCAGUGCCAGCCGGGCAAGUUCUACUGUGACUCCGAGGACUGCACAGAGAGCUGCUUCCGGUGUACAAGGUGUGGAGACGGCGCCAUCCUUCAACCCUGCACUGCCAUAAACAAUACAGUUUGUGCCUUAAACCCAGAGUCAGUCCCCAGGAGCCAGUCAGUCCAACGACCUCGAGAUGGGCCCACUAGUCGCGGGUGAGGACACCAGCCAAGAGUUGGUGGGGAACUCAGCCCGGCCGACCUCCACAGUCCCUGGAGCUGCUGAGCCGCUGCAGGUGGCCAACGGAAGUCUAGCAGCGCCGGGGAGCAGGAGACCAGGCCGAAUGCUCAAGGCCCCCAGGACCACCGGGCCAGGUGGAGCCAUCCCCCCUCAGUUGACGGCAAGAAGCAGGUGCGUGGACCGUCCGGUGAGUGUGAACCAGGGCCCCGCCAUGCGGCGGAGCACUCGCUGA